UGGAGCAUACGCGCGAAAUUAUUUAUUAAUUAUUUAUAUUAUAAAUUUGGUGCUGUGCUACGUUAUUUUGUGAUAUUACCUAGAAUUUAAAGGAAUACUUACAUAUAAGACGACUAGACUAUAGAGAACAAAAUGCCUGCCAGAGCUCCAGAAACAACAAACGGCCUUAUCGGAAGUGAGUUCAGCGAUGACAUCGUAAUCAGUGGAAUAUCUGGCCGUCUUCCAGAGAGUAACUCCAUCGAAGAAUUCAAGCAACAACUCUUCGAUGGUGUUGACCUGGUGACGGACGACGAAAGACGAUGGCCUUCCGGUUUAUAUGGACUACCUACACGUACUGGAAAAAUAAAAGACUUACAGUAUUUCGACGCUACAUUUUUCGGAGUGCACGCCAAGCAAGCACACGUGAUGGAUCCACAACUACGAAUGCUUUUAGAACUUACACAUGAAGCUCUGGUUGACGCGGGGGUAAAUCCGAGCGCCGCAAAGGGCUCCAGGACUGGAGUAUUCGUAGGAGUAUCAGACAGUGAAUCGUCAGAAUUUUGGACACAGGAUCCUGACCAAGUAAAUGGAUACGGACUGACGGGCUGCUGCCGGGCUAUGUUUCCUAACAGAAUAUCUUAUACUUUCGAUUUUAAUGGGCCAAGUUAUGCAGUGGAUACUGCUUGUUCAAGUAGUUUGUUUGCCUUUCAACAAGCGGUAACAGCCAUAAAGACGGGACAGUGCGAUGCUGCCAUAGUGGCUGGUGUUAACUUGCUUCUUAAACCGACAUCAUCGUUACAGUUCCAUCGUCUUAGCAUGCUUAGUCCGCAAGGCAUGUGCAAGGCAUUUGACUCUUCCGGAAAUGGAUACGUUAGAUCUGAGGCAGCUGUGGUGGUGUACCUCCAAAAAGCAAGUGUAGCUCGGCGAAUUUACGCUACUAUAUUAGGCGCUAGAACUAAUACUGAUGGAAACAAAGAACAAGGAAUCACAUUCCCCUCUGGAGCCAUGCAAAACAAACUAAUUAGGGAAGUUUAUGAAGAAAUUGGUAUUAAACCUCAAGACGUUUCUUAUGUGGAAGCUCACGGAACUGGUACAAAGGUAGGCGAUCCACAAGAAGUAAACUCGAUUGCCGAUUUCUUCUGUAAAAAUCGUACGGAUCCUCUGCUGAUUGGUUCAGUAAAAAGCAAUAUGGGACACUCAGAGCCAGCUUCUGGAUUAUGUUCGUUAGCUAAAAUAGUAAUUGCAAUGGAGGCAGGGAUGAUUCCGCAAAAUCUCCAUUUCGAAUCACCCAAUCAAGAUAUCCCAGCGUUAAACGAUGGUCGUCUCAAAGUCGUUUCCAAGAACGAGCCCUGGAACGGAGGAAUAGUUGGUAUUAACUCUUUUGGUUUUGGAGGAGCCAAUGCCCAUAUUGUACUAAGAUCUAACCCCAAACCUAAAAUACAAUGGCCUACCGGUCCGAUUCCUCGAGUUGUAGGAGUUUCAGGACGAACUGAAGAGGCAGUCAAUAAUUUUUUGAGUAAAAUCGAACAAAACAAAACUGACGAGGAAUUUUUUGCCCUUAUAGACGAAAUUCAUAGCAAAAAUAUCCCAGGACAUGCGUAUCGUGGUUAUGCAGUUUUCAAUGACCCGUCGGUGCGUGAAGUAACUCAGGUUCCCGGAGACAAGAGACCUAUUGCUUUUGUAUUCUCCGGGAUGGGUUCUCAAUGGCCAGGAAUGGCAAAAGAUCUGAUGCAAUUAGACGCUUUUAGAAAUUCUAUCAGGAAAUGUUCUGAUGCUUUAAAACCUCGAGGUGUAAAUCUAGAAGAUAUAAUCAUCAACGGCACUGACAGUACUUUUGAUAAUGUUCUUAACUCAUUUAUAUCGAUCGCUGCUAUGCAAGUUGCAUUAACAGAUGUAUUGAAGUCCGUGGGAAUUGAACCAGAUGUAAUCGUAGGUCAUUCUGUAGGAGAAGUUGGGUGUGCCUAUGCUGAUGCAACGUUAACUGGUGAACAAGCCGUUCUAGCCGCAUACUCAAGAGGUCGUGCGAUUCUAGAAAGCAAAUUAGCUCCAGGUGCAAUGGCGGCAGUUGGUUUAUCAUGGGACGAAGUAAAAAAGAGGUGCCCGCCUGAAAUUUACCCCGCUUGUCAUAACAGCGAAGACAGCGUGACCAUUUCGGGUCCCCCCGCAUCAAUUGAAAAGUUUGUCGAACAGCUUCAGUCAGAAAAUAUAUUCGCCAAAGCUGUAAAAAGUUCCGGUACGGCUUUCCACAGUAAAUACAUUGCCGAUGCAGGUCCUAGGCUACGUAAAGCUUUAGAAGAAAUUAUAUCUAAUCCCAAACCUAGGUCGCCUAAGUGGAUUUCCUCGUCUAUUCCCGAAUCCGCUUGGGGCACUGCGCUUGCCGAGCACAGCUCAGCUGCCUACCAUGUAAACAACCUGUUGUCACCUGUACUGUUCCACGAAGCUUUGAAACAUAUACCAGAGAAUGCAAUCGUCAUCGAAAUUGCGCCUACAGGACUUCUUCAAGCAAUCCUCAAAAGAGCUUUAGGGCCUAAGAGUACCAAUAUUAGUCUUGUCAAACGUGGCCAUCCUGACAACAUUGAGUUCCUGUUAUCGGCUCUUGGAAAGAUAUACAAUGCUGGGGCUCAACCUAGCUUUGGAAAUCUGUUCCAUCCGGUCAGUUUUCCGGUGGGCAAAGGCACUCCUAUGAUAAAUUCAAUGAUUGAAUGGGAUCAUUCCAUCGAAUGGUCCGUUGCAAACUUUUCUGGGAAGGGAUCUCGUUCGGGAGAAUUGGUCGUGGAUAUUGACUUAAGUAAAGAGUCUGACCAGUUUUUAGCCGGUCAUGCCAUUGAUGGUCGUGUCCUAUUUCCAGCAACCGGGUAUCUUACAUUAGUUUGGAAGACUUUCGCUAAGCUAAGAAAUGAGGACUUUGAACAAUUGCCAGUUAUACUUGAGGAUGUACAGUUCCAUCGCGCUACGAUAAUGCCGAAAGAAGGUUCUGUAAAGUUUCUUAUUAACAUAUUUGAAGGAAGUGGGGAAUUUGAAUUAUGCGAAGGAGGUUCUGUCGCGGUAUCCGGUAGAAUAUCUGUACCGGAAGAUGUUUCUAAGGAAGUGUUAAAUCUUCCCACGCCUCGAGUUCCAUCUGAAAAGGAUGUCCUCUCUCUAGAUGCUGCGGAUAUUUACAAAGAACUACGUCUACGAGGGUAUGAUUACGAAGGUAUAUUCCGUGGUAUAGCUGGAUCAGACAACAGAGGCAUUAGUGGACAUUUAAAGUGGGAAAACAACUGGAUUAGUUUCAUUGACACUAUGUUGCAAUUCUCCAUCCUUGGACAAAGUACAAGGGAGCUUUAUCUGCCGACAAGAUUGCAGAGGGCAGUGAUAAAUCCGAAGGAACAUUUAAGUCACAUUCAGAGCCUUAAGGAGGGUGCAACUGUUCCUGUUCACAUGUACCGCAACAUAGGUGUUAUUAAAUCCGCAGGAAUAGAGCUCCGAGGGAUGAAAGCUAGUUUAGCGCCUCGUCGUCAACAAGCGCAAGCGCCGCCAAAACUAGAAAAAUAUCAAUUCACGCCUUAUCAAAAUAACCAGCCACUUUCCGAAGAUCCAGAGAAAAGUAAAAUUCAUGCUCUGACUGCUAUCCUCCAAAUUGUAUUAGAAAAUAGCUCGGGGGCUUUGAAGCUUAAAGUUGCAGAAAUCGGGAACGACAGACCCAUUGAAUCCGUUCUGGCACCAACCAUUACGUCAAUACUCGAAAAAGAACCUAUGCUUUCCGUUGAAUCUACUGUUGUUACACAAGGUCCAGUCGACACUGCUGCUUUGGAAGCCGUGGAUAUCAAACAUGCCGUUCGUGAUAUACUGACAGGUCCUGUCGGUCAGGACCUUCACUUGGUGGUCGGUAGUGAUCUUUUACUGUACAAUAAGAAGAUUGUUAUAGACAAUGCCGUAGCGUCUCUUAAAACCGGAGGGUUUAUACUGCUAGAAGAAGCUAAAGGUCCUGUGGAACCAAACAAGUUUGGGUCUUCCGGCUUGGAAGUAAUAAGUACUCAAGUAACCAGUACAAAAACGUACAUUCUCUUGAGACAACCCGUUCCUAUACCCUCGAAUCCGAGCGUAUUACAAAUAACAGAGAAGAACUUCGCUUGGGUUGGGCCCCUAAAGGAGUUGAUGAAGUUGGCCGAAACUGACGGAAGGAAGAUUUAUUUAUACGUUCAAAACGAGGAACUUACAGGUCUCGUCGGUAUGGUUAACUGCUUAAAACAAGAGCCCGGUGGUUCGGGUAUAAGAGCGUUCUUUAUCCAAGACAGUAACGCACCCAAGUUUUCCAUUAAUGCUUACGAGAGUCAACUUAGGAAGGAUCUCGUUCACAACGUCUUUAAAAAGAAAGUCUGGGGAUCUUUCCGCCAUCUGCUUCUAGACCAGUUUAACGACAGCGGAAAUUUGCAAGUCGAGCAUGCCUACAUCAACACCCUGACUCGGGGGGAUCUAUCCAGCCUCCAUUGGAUUGAAGGACCUUUGGGAUAUUACAAGGGAGAUGCUCCAAACACCGAACUGUGCCACGUUUACUACGCGCCUCUUAACUUCCGCGACAUCAUGUUAGCCACUGGAAAACUCCCGCCAGACGCGCUUCCCGGAGAUCUUGCCGGACAGGAUUGCAUUCUUGGAUUGGAAUUUUCAGGGCGCGAUUCCAGAGGAAAACGGGUCAUGGGUAUGGUAGCAGCUAAAAGCUUGGCCACCACCGUCCUAGCCGACCCGGGCUUUCUGUGGGAAGUUCCUGAGAAAUGGAGUUUGGAGGAAGCCGCGACUAUCCCAGUCGUUUACGGAACUAGUUACUAUGCAUUAGUAGUCAGAGGUGGAAUGAAACCGGGUGAAUCGGUUCUUAUCCAUGCAGGAACAGGUGGUGUAGGGCAGGCAUCAAUCUCUAUUGCCCUUCACAUGGGAUGUACGGUAUUUACCACCGUCAGCAGUCAAGUGAAACGUGAUUUUCUGAAGAAAACAUUCCCUCAAUUAAAAGAUGAAAAUAUAGGGAACUCGCGUGACACUAGCUUUGAACAGCUAGUCUUAUCCCAAACCAAUGGAAAAGGUGUGGAUUUAGUCCUCAACUCAUUAGCAGCUCACCAAUUGCAAGCAUCGGUGAGAUGUUUAGCUAUUGGUGGUCGUUUCCUUGAAAUAGGAAAGGUAGACCUCUCGAAUAACUCACCAUUGGGUAUGAGUGUAUUCCUUAAAAAUACCACAUUCCACGGCAUCUUACUUGAUGCAUUGUUCGACACGGACAGUCCAGAAAAAAGAAAAGUUAUGAACUUGGUCAGUCAAGGUAUCGCGAGUGGAGCUGUCAGACCUUUACCGAAAACCGUUUAUAACGAACACCAGAUAGAGCAAGCAUUCCGUUACAUGGCAUCCGGCAAACAUAUUGGAAAAGUACUCCUAAAAAUACGAGAUGAAGAAAGUCGUAAGACCCAACGCCCGACACCAAAAACUGUCAACGCCAUACCACGUACUUACAUGGACCCUGAAAAGAGUUACGUUUUAGUAGGAGGUCUGGGAGGAUUUGGUUUGGAACUAGCUAAUUGGUUAAUAACGAGAGGCGCUAAAAAUCUAGUUCUCACCUCGAGGAGUGGUAUCAAAACCGGUUACCAAUCUCUCUGCAUCAGGCGCUGGAGAGAACAAGGGGUCUCAGUGCUUGUUUCCACGGCUGAUGCAACAAGCGAGAAAGGGGCAAGGAGACUUCUGGAACAAGCCAACGAAUUAGGACCAAUUGGCGGUAUCUUCAAUUUGGCCGUAGUUUUACGAGAUGCUAUGAUGGAAAAUCAAAGCGAAGGAGAUUUCAAAACGGUCAGCAGACCUAAAGUUGACGGCAGCAAACAACUAGAUGCUGCCUCCAGGGUACUAGCCCCACAUCUAGAUUACUUUGUCAACUUCUCGUCCGUAUCGUGUGGUAGAGGUAACGCCGGUCAAGCCAACUACGGUCUGGCUAAUUCUGCCAUGGAAAGAAUCGCUGAAGCCAGACAAGCUGCUGGACUACCAGGCGUGGCUAUCCAGUGGGGAGCCAUCGGAGACGUAGGUUUAAUUCUCGAAACAAUGGGCGGAAACGACACGGAAGUAGGAGGCACCUUACCACAGAGAAUGUCCUCAUGUCUGGCCACCAUGGACGUAUUUUUACAGCAGCCGAAUGCUGUCGUUGCCAGUAUGGUCCUAGCGGAGAAACGCAAAGGGGCCGGCGGCGGCACUCAGGUUAGUUUGACAGACGCGGUGGCGAAUAUCCUCGGCAUUAAGGAUGCUUCUACUGUCGCAGCUUCGGCUACCCUUGCGGAUUUGGGUAUGGACUCCCUUAUGGGAGCAGAAAUCAAGCAGACCUUAGAACGUAAUUAUGAUUUAGUGUUGAGCGCGCAAGAAAUUAGGGCACUUACUUUCGGCCGUUUGGUUGAACUUGCCAGCGGUGGAAGUGGCACCGCUCCUGCUCCCGCAGAAACUGCUUUAGAUCCGAAAGACAAUAACGUCGCGUAUGACACAACUGGAGAGAUUAUACCUUCAAAAACAGUUGUUCAACUAACGAGUAAAUCAACGGACAGUAAGAAACCUCCCGUAUUUGUGCUACACCCUAUUGAAGGAGUGGUGAAAGCACUAGAGACUCUAGCGAAGAAUAUAGACGUACCCGUCUACGGUCUUCAAUGUACUUCUAAUACACCGCUUGAUAGUAUCGCCGAUCUUGCCAAGUUCUACAUAACUCAGAUCAAAACCGUGCAACCCAAGGGUCCUUACACUUUAAUCGGUUAUUCGUUUGGAGCGUGCGUUGCUUUCGAAAUGGGCGUGUGGUUGGAAAGAAGUAAAGAAGCUGCGACACUUUUACUUUUGGACGGGUCCCCGUCUUACGUCGCCACCCAUACUGGAAAGGCGAGAAGCAAGAUACAAGGAAAUACCGCUAUUGAACAAAGCGAAGUUCUAUUGUUCUUUAUUUUGCAGUUCAAGGAAGUAGAUCAACAAAAGACCAUGGCAGAAUUUACAGCUUUAACGAGUUGGGAGGAAAGGCUUUCUAGGGCGGUACAAAUCUUAUCCGAGGCCAUUCCUUAUCCAGCCGAACAAAUUGCAGCGGCAGCUACCAGUUUCUACGGGAAAUUAAGAGCCGCGGACUCGUAUAAACCGUCGGGAAAAUUCAGUGGAAGAGUAACGUUAGUAAAGGCUAUCGACAAUUACGUGCAACUUGGUGAAGAUUAUGGUUUAUCCGAGAUAUGCAAGCAGAAAGUGAAGAUAGAAGCUUUGGAGGGGAAUCAUCGAAGUAUAUUAAGUGGAAGUAGUGUAGAAAAAAUCGCAAAUAUCCUUCACAGCCUUAUUAGGGUAUAGAUAAACUGGCACUAUAGGCUAUUUAUUUACACGAGUGCAUUCCACGUCAUCACAUCAAAUUUUUUUUAAUUUAGGGGUCCAAAUAUUUUGCAUCUCAUUUUUUGUUAUUUAUAUGUAAAUAUGAAGUAAUUUCAGUUUUAGUAAAUUUAUUUAUUUUUUUAAGUAUGAUUAAGUUAUUUAUAGAAUUGAAUUUUUAUAUGUUGAUACGUUCAACCAAAGAUUUGGUUAUUCAUUUGUUUGUAGCUCUGAUGAUGGGACGGCGUUUGUUGCUUGACGUAUGUUUCAUCGUGACAGUUAAUGUAAUGGUUGUAUAUACAAUACUUAAAGAAUAAAACAUAUUUAUUAUUA